AUGUAUGCCUCUACCUCUUCGAAGCGUCCCCGACCUCCUCAAGAGUAUCAGAACGGGCCUCCCAUGAAGAAACCGUAUGCCGCUCUUCCCCAUCCUCAGCAACACCAACCCCAAAUGCAUCAGAAUCACCAACCACCUCAUCAAGGAGGUCCGGCCCCUUAUCAUCAGGCUGCAGCUUCUUCCAGUCAUAGACAACACUCCCGUCCAGACCAUCAUAAGAACCUGGCGCAGAUCGUCGACAAUGCUGGAGUUAACCCGUAUGCCGAGAACUUUGCCAAAACGAUCUCGAAGAGGAUGAAUAAUCCAUACGUGAACCAGUUCAAGUACCCUUAUAUACAUGAUGUGAGCUGUUACAACAAGAUCACGAAAAUAGGACAAGGGACAUUUGGGUGAGUCGCUAGUAAUUUGGUUUGAUGCUUAUAAAACAGAAAUUCUUCUGGCACUAUUGCUCGUUUUUUGACCUUUGAUUUUUACUAAAUUUUACAAGGUUGUUCCUUCUUGAUUGUCCUUGAUACACAUUUUGAUCAUUUGUAAGGUAAUUUAAUUUCAGGGAAGUUUUCCAAGCCCGCUGUCUAAAGUCGAAGCGUUUCGUGGCACUGAAGAAGAUUCUGAUGGAGAAUGAGCGGGAAGGCGUAGGUUUCUGUUUUUGGUGACUGACUUCUUCUAUUCACAGUUUCCCAUUACUGCCAUUCGAGAGGUGAAGAUGUUGCAGAGAUUGAAGCACGAGCAUAUCACUGACCUAAUAGAGGUCUGCAAUUCGAAAGGUAAGUCUUUCUACUUGCGAGUGUUAUGUUUUUAGAAGGAGAAUGAAACGGGAAGUCUAACUCAUAAUCUUUUAGGCGCAAGUUCACGGGAAAAGUCGAAUUUUUAUUUGGUCUUUACCUACUGCGACUACGAUUUGGCCGGUCUCCUCUCCCACCAAGCUGUAAAGAUUGGUCUGGAGGAAGUGAAGAUUCUGAUGAAGCAUCUUCUGAAUGGACUCUUCAAGAUUCAUAAGUCCAAUAUCCUCCAUCGAGACAUGAAGGCUGCCAAUGUUUUGGUUAGCAACGAAGGAGUCCUGAGGUUGGCCGAUUUCGGACUUUCAAGACCCAUAUUGAGUAAGUCAAGAUUUGUGUUUGAAGAUUAAAUGAUUCCCUUGGCUUAUGCACCAUUUCACAUUGAAACCAUUUCAGAAUCUUCAAGCAAACAGAACUACACGAAUCGAGUGGUCACCCUGUGGUACCGCCCUCCCGAAUUACUCCUUGGAUCCAAGAAUUAUGGACCACAGAUUGAUAUCUGGGGAGCGGGGUGUAUAAUGGCGGAACUCUGGACGCGAACACCUAUCCUUCAAGGUGAUACGGAACAGAAACAGCUGGAGAUUAUUCAGAAUGUUUGCGGAGGAAUAAACGAAGAAGUCUGGCCGGAUGUGAAGCAGCUUCCCUUGUAUAGGAGGGUCGAUCUGAGACCGAAACAGCCACGGAUCUUAAGGGAAAAGAUGAGUGGCUUUACAAAGGUAAGGAUAAUGCUUUUUUUGUGUUUUUGGAGUAUUUAGGUUGGUCAAGGAUUGGGGGAAUUUAAUGGUUUGUUGUUUUAGGAUGAGCAUGCCCUGAAUCUCCUGGAUAAACUCCUCACUCUGGACCCAUCUCAAAGGAUAGAUGCCGAGAAGGCAUUGGACGACGAUUUCUUUUUUACUGAUCCAAUCCCAACGCGGACAAACAUUAAACAUGUUGUGGAUCAGCUACCGGUAAGUGGUUUUAUCGAAUAGAUGUGAUGGGUCUUGUUUUUUUGUUUUUAUGAUGAUAUUUGCAGAAGAACAUCUUUGAAUUCACGGCCGGUCGAGGUGCACACGCGAAUCGCCGUCCCCAAAACCAUACUAUGCAAAACGGGAACGCCCAGAACCACCAUCGUCAACAGCCCCGCCAUCGGCAGGACGACCAGCUCACGGACAUGGUGUUCUAG